AUUAAUGGGCUUUAUAAUGAGGCCCAAAAAGAUUAUCUAGAUCGAACUUGGGCUUUCUCUCGCGCAGGCGUCUCGUCGCUGAAGAACAUCGGAGAUAUACAUUUUUGCUUCUCUGCUGCAUCUGUCUUCUUUUCCAUCUCUCAGUUCUUCGAGUUCCCAAGAUUAAGCUUUAUCCGUAGAAGAAAUCAUGGAUCCUUCUGAAAUGAGAUACCUGGAAGAGGAAGAUGGAGCGAUGAUGAAGACGAUCAAAGGUGCUGUGACUGGUUUUGCAGCUGGGACUAUUUACGGGACUGUCGUGGCAACAUGGAAAGACGUCCCUCGUGUCGAAAGAAAUGUUGCUCUUCCAGGACUCAUCAGAACACUGAAGAUGAUGGGAAGCCAUGGGCUGACAUUUGCUGCCAUCGGAGGUGUUUUCAUCGGUGUUGAACAGUUGGUGCAGAACUAUAGAGCUAAGAGGGAUUUUUUCAACGGUUCUAUUGGGGGUUUCGUUGCUGGAGCCUCUGUUCUUGGCUAUAAAGCAAGGAGCAUCCCAACCGCAAUAUCUGCAGGUGCUGCUCUUGCAAUCACCUCGGCUUUGAUCGAUUCUGGUGGCCAGACCACGAGAGUAGACACGGGUAGAGAAUACUAUCCAUACACCGUCGAGAAGAGAGCCGAAGCUGAUUCUUGAUUACCCUGAUGGUGACGAAAAGCUAUUGUGGAGAAAGUAGCAACAAAACAUUAUUAGCUGAUCCUGAAUUCUUAAGAUCUUCCAUGUCUUUUUGUUUUGUAUCUGGAGAUUACUCUGCAAUUUCCCAUAUCUAUGUCGGAAUGUUUCUACAAUAAAAAAAUUAUUGCGUCUA